AUGGGCGGAUGGGCGAUAUCUUGUGCCAUAUGUGGUGGUCCAUUCUCCAGCCAAGUGAAUGUAGACCCUGAAAGGACUGAGGAGGACUGUUAUCGCGACGAAUUCCUAGAGGACUUGGACCUGGGAUGGCUUGACGAACUCUGCGCUCUGGGUAUCAACCCUGACGCACCUGGGAAUGAUACAUCUGUGACAGUUGCCUCCUAUAGCACUACAAAGUAG